UUGAGGGUGUUGGACGAAACAAUUCCACGAUUUACAGAACAUCAGCAGAAAACCCAACAGUUGCCAAAUAUGGAGUUCGGGAGACGCAUGGCAGUGGAGAGAGAUUUGGAGAAAUCAGAAAGCUUCGAGCUUGCCAACAUAACUUUUGAUGAGAGUGGGCAUUUCAUCAUGUACGCUACAGUUUUAGGAAUAAAACUGAUCAAUAUUCACACAAACAGAUGUGUGAGAAUAAUCGGAAAGAACGAGAAUCUGAGGAUGUUAAAUAUCGCCUUAUAUCAAGGAUCUGCAAAGAAGGCCAAAGCAGCUGUAACGCUGGAAAUAGAGGCGUCCAACAACCCCAUCCUUGAAUCUAUCAUCCCAGAUCCUACCCUGAUCUGCACUGCCUACAAAAAAUCUCGUUUCUAUCUGUUUAGUCGCAGAGAACCUGACGAGCUGCAAGGCGAUCAGGACAGGGACGUUUUCAAUGAAAAACCUUCGAAAGAAGAUACUUUCGCUGCGACGGACAACCCUGCUGUGCAGAGGCUGUAUGAAAAUGCAAUCCUUCACACGGCGUUUGGAGAUAUUCAUAUCAAGCUGUUCGUCAAAGACACGCCAAAGACGGUGGAAAACUUUUGCGUUCACUCCAAGAAUGGAUACUACAACGGACAUGUUUUCCACAGAGUUAUCAAGGGAUUCAUGAUCCAAACAGGUGAGGAGAAUGAGCAUUCGAACAUUUUUUUGAAAUUUUACUUCUGGUCAAAAGACAAAUGAUUUAUACUGUAGCAG